AUGAAGGCAUCGUUCGUUUUUGGUCUGCUAGCCAGCACGGCAUCAGCACACAUGCAAAUGUCGAAGCCCUAUCCCAUUCGCAGUCCUUUGAAUACAGCGUCGUCAGAGCAGAAGGAUUAUUCUUACAACAAUCCACUCUCAACGUCAGGCUCAGAUUAUCCUUGCAAAGGAUAUGCCCACGACACCUUUGUCUCACAGGCUACCUACCAGCCUGGUUCACAAUAUACCAUGGAGCUGUCAGGAAGUGCCACCCACUCUGGUGGAUCUUGUCAACUUGCAUUGACAUACGAUCUUGGAAAGACGUUCCAUGUCAUUGAGUCCAUGCUCGGCGAGUGCCCCAUUUCUCAGAAGUACGACUUCAAGAUUCCAUCCGAUGCUCCUUCUGGUAAUGCCCUUCUUGCUUGGACUUGGUUCAACAAGGUUGGUAACCGUGAGAUGUAUAUGAAUUGUGCUAUGGUUUCCAUCGGCGGCAGCUCGAAUCGCAAUAAGAUUGGAGCAGGCAAUUCUGUCAAGAAGAUUGGCGGCUACCACGCUCUUAAUGAGCCAAUGGCCAUGGACAUGACUGCGGAUGAGAUGUCAGAUAUGGGCCAAAGCGAUUACAACAAGCGCGAAGUGCAAAAGGCUCUUACCAGCUUUGGUAGCCUGCCUGAGCUUUUCGUUGCUAAUGCCGGUCAGGCUUCUGGAUGCGUUACCAUUGAGGGCGAGCCAGUGAAUUUCCCCCAACCAGGUGACAAUGUCGUUGGUACCGCAAGUGGUACUGGAUACAAGUGCUCCGGUACUGCUCCCUUCCUUGCAGGCAGUGGCAGUUCUGGCUCCUCUGGAUCGUCUUCAUCCAGCUCCUCUACUUCUUCCACCACUACCAGCAGCAGCAGCUCUUCCGUCGCUGCUGCCCCCAGCACCCUUAUCACUUCCGCUUCUUCUUCUAGUUCUGCUGCUCCUAUCGCUCCUGCGCCUACCAGCUCCUCGUCUUCCCAAGUUGCUGCUGCCCCCGCCGCUGCUGCGCCUACCAGCUCAUCGUCUUCGGAAGCUGCCGCUGCCCCCGCCGCUGCUGCGCCUACCAGCUCUUCGUCUUCCGAAGCUGCCGCUACCCCCGCCGCUCCUGCGCCUACCAGCUCCUCAUCUUCCGAAGCUGCUGCUGCCCCUGCUGCUGCUGCGCCUACCAGCUCAUCGUCUUCCGAAGCUGCUGCUGCCCCUGCUAGUUCCACUUCAAGCAGUACCGCUCCUGCCACCACUAGUGAUAGCACCGAUACUGAUGACGAUGGUACCGAUAACAGCGAUGAUUUCCUGGCUGACCUCACAUCUGCCCUUGGUGAUUACGUUGGUGGCUCUCGUGUUGGCGGAACUAAUGAUGUUGAGGGCACUAAGGCUAAGCAAGCUACCCAGGCUGAGGAAGAUACCAAGGCCGUUGACUCAACUAAAGCCAUGGACAGCAUUGAUACUGUCGAUGAAACAAAGGCUUUCGGUGGAGCAAAGGCUGUCGAUGGAACAAAGGCUAUGGGUGGAGCUCAAGCCAUGGCUGGUACCCAAGCUUCUACCAACAACGCAUUUUCCAGCUACGUCGGCACCUACACAUGUAAAGAUGGGGAAAUCAUCUGCUCGCCAGAUGGCUAUAGCUGGGCUCUGUGUGACCACAGUCAUCCCGUUUUCAUGGGCCCUGUAGCUCGUGGCACUGAGUGCCGCUCUGGUGGCAUUGUCAGAGCCGCUUGGUAA